CCAAUGUGCUGUCGGGGCAGCCUUAACAAAGAACCAAAAAUUAUACCAUGCGCCGCACGCUCCUCGCCGUCGCGCUGACCACAGCAAAUGCCCAGCGCAAGCUCUUCUCCCAGCUGCCGGCCGAGUUUGAUGAAGCUUUCGACCAUGAGCCCCUGUUCAUUCCCGCCGCGGCGCAGCCCGACGACGCCGCGUACCUGGCCGCGCUCGCGGACCUCGCGACGCCGCAGUCCAUCUACGCCGCAGCCUCGGCCACGGAUGCUAGGUCGCCCACGGGCGACAAGGUGAAAAUGCCCAGCUCCCACGAGGGCUGCGCGCACCACCUCGAGGACGGCGGCUCGUUCGUGGUCAAGUACGAAAAGCUGAGCGACGCCGCGCUCGCCGAGCCGGCGGCUGCCCCUCUGGUCGGCGCCUGGCACGACGUGGCCGACCGCUUCAAGACCGCGGCGUCGAUGCACGUCUACGUCACCGGCAGCGGCGGCAAGGCCCUCCCGCCGCACACGGACACGACGGACGUCCUGGUGGCCCAGCUCAGCGGGUCGAAGGAGUGGCAGGUCUGCGCGCCGUCGAAUGACAAGGCUCCGUUCGCCUCCACCGCCUUCCGCGCGGAGCUGCUGGAGGCGGAGCGCGGCUCCCACGGCUGCUCGCAGUUCGAGCAGGAGCUCCGCGACGAGCCGGAGCUGUCUUGCGAGACCUACGUGCUCGCGCCCGGCGACUCGCUAUACCUCCCGAAGGGCGUCGCCCACUCGGCCGUCGCGACCGACGACAGCGCCCACCUCACGGUCGGCCUGAAGCGCGUGACCUGGCGCCGGGUCUUCGACGAGCUGCUCGACCGCCCGGGGCUGUUUGGCGCCGAGAGCGGCUGGGCGAACCGGCGCCUCUUUUCAGUAUUUCGCGGCCAGAAGGCCCCGCCGACGCGGCGCGCGCGAGCCAAACGCGCCCUGAAGACCCUCGAGGCCGCGGGCGACGCGAGCGCCGUGCCGUGGCGCCGCGCGUUCCCGACGUGGACCCUAGGCUUCGACAACGGCCAGGCGGUGCCCGGCCGCGACGCCUACCAGCAGCGCGAUGCGCUCGCGAAGGCACUCGUCGACGCGCUGGGCGGCGACGAGGACCUGGCCCAAGCUCUGGCGGACGACGACCGGUUUGUCGAUGCCGUGCGAGCCACGUUUGAGUCCCCGAAGUCGCUGGGCUCGCAGCCCGCCGUGCUCGACGCGGGCGCGUGCGACGAGUACGCAUUCGUGUCCGGCGCGACGCGCCGCCGCGCCACCACGGCGGAUGUUAAUUGGGAGGCCAUGCACCCGUCGGCCAGCGCCAACACGUUGACUGUUGCCGCUGGAACCACUGUAACGUUCACGUGGACCGACAACCACGACGUCUGGGAGUUUGCCAGCGAGGCCGACUACAAUUCGUGCAACUUCGCCGGCGCCGUGGAGAAGGCAUCGACGUCGGUGCAGACCGUGGACGUGGCGGCGCCGACGACCGCGGCGACGACCAAGUAUUUUGGCUGCGCGGUGAGCAGCCACUGCGAAGACGGCCAGAAGAUCGCGAUCUCCUGGACGGAUGCGGACGGCUGCCUCUCCACCGAGGAGUAUCAGUGCGACAGUAAUUGCGACGGCUCGUGCGACCAAUGCAAUGAGGGUUGCGAUGACAGUUGUAACGAAGACUGCGACGAAGACUCCGAGGGAAAUUACUGCGACGACUACGAUUACGGCUGUAACUACGACUGCGACCAAAACUGCAACAUGGGCUGUGAUGAGGAAUGCAACAGUGACUGUGACGGAUCGUGCGACGGAAGUUGCUCGUGCAAGGACGCCGACGCCGCGUCGACGCGCGCGGCGGCGUCCGGGGCCGUUCUCAUCGCGGUGGUCGCCGCGCUGCUCUAAGUGAGCGCGCCUGUACAUACCCAAUUUGCGCCGGCGGAGAAGACCGCCCCUUCCUCAUUUCCCUUCCCCUCUGCUUGAUCGAGCUGAAGUAAGUCCAAUGAAUACCACCAAAGUAGCCGCGCACGCCGCGCACCAGA